AGGGUAGGGGAGUGGUCUGACGCGAUCUUAGCGGAAUGGACAUAGAGCUGGAGACCACAACUUCCCCUUGGGGUUUUUAAGAGAAGACAAAAGCGGCACAUAUUCUCUAGAAGUCAAAAGUACGAAAAAAAGGCUUUGUUUCAUUUCAGGCUCGUCCUUGCCCAGUCUGGUUAAGGCAGUCUGUUGAUUUGCAGGUGAAGAUACAUUAAAGUUGACGCUCUUGGUCGUAAUGAUGGCGGGCAGUCGGCUGACUCUCUCAGCCUUAGUGCUGUGGAUGCAUUUCUGCAGUGUUGCGGCGCUGACGGAGCCUGAGGUGUGCUACCUUCUGGACGGCAUCCUGUUCUUCUACGGGAUCAUCCUGACCGUGCUCUAUUUCAGAAUCAGGCGUCAACAGAUGAGUCGUUCGAAGGCUCAAACUCCUCCAAUAAAGGGGAAAAAGCCAGCGGAAGAAGGAGUAUACACGGGCCUGGCGUCUCACACUCAGGACACAUAUGAGACGGUCGGCAUGAAGAAGAACCCAAACAUGUGAACCAGUUGGUUUCAGCUCCGUCGGUUUGUGAGGCUGACAACCAAUGUAUAAACUAUAUUAUCCAUAGUCAUUCUAACAAUAUUAAUGUAUAAACUAUAUUAUCUAGUCAUUCUAACAACAUUAAUCUAUUAACUGUAUUAUGCAGACAUUCUAACACAAAAGUAUAAACUAUAUCAUCCACAUAUGUAUAUUAUCCACAGCCAACUAUAUUAUCCACAGCCAUUCAAGCAACAUGAAUGCAUGAACUAUAUUAUCCAUAGUCAUUCUGUGUAUAAUAUAUAUUAUCCAUAGUCAUUCUAACAGCAUAAAUGUCUAAACUAUAUAAUUCACAGUCAUUUUAAAAACAUUAAUGUAUAAACUAUAUUAUCCAUAGUCAUACUAGCGACAUUAAUUAAUCAACUUUAUUAUCCAUACUCAUUCGAACAACAUUAAUGUGUCAACUAUACUAUGCGUGCUUCUUCAUUCUUCUGUAUGGAAAUGUGUCUAGGUGGAAAUAAGAAGCGGUAAAACACCUGAUGCUCUCCUUCGAAUCCUUUGCAAAUAUUUAUGCAAAUCAGGGCAGGCAAAGUUGAGCCUGUAGUGCCUUUGAUUGUGUACAACAACACAUGUGUUGUCGCAUGCGUUGCGUGUGCGUGCGCCUGGCCACACGUAGACACAUGGAAAUAAUAACAUGUGAGCCGACACCAGAAGGGAGACAUAGACGGGCUUUCUGCACGAUGUACGAUACACUAGGGGUCUGCUGAGGAGGUGAUGAUCUAGUGGUCGGGGUGGUGGGAUGUCAACCGAAAGAAAGGUGUCUGGGUUCGAUCUUCAACGUUCUUCGAACUACCUUUUGAUAUGUUCACACGUUCUCGAGUUCUACAAGGUAAAUGUUACACAGUUGGCGUAAAUGUUUUUAACGCCAACUGUUUCAAUGUUUUUGCUGUUGGUGAUUAUUUUCAUGUUAUCUUUUUCUUUCUUUCUUUGGGCUGUGGCCAGAUGAUACUUUUAAAAUUGUCAUGACUUUUGUCUCAAAUCAAACAUGUAUUGUACAUAGAAUAUGGAAGUGGGCUUAUAUGUGCAAUAUAUUUCAUGUGGUUGUCAUUAAAGAUAAAAAGGAGAUAUACA